AUGUCGGAUAGAUCCGCAGUAGGUAUAGGAUCAACUUUCAGAAAGGAUUCUCGGAAAAGCCUUAAGAUUGACGAUUCGUCCACCCUCUAUGAUAAGCUGAUAAAAGGAAUCAACGAUGCAAGAGAAAAUAACAUGGCUUGUUUGACAAUGGCUAAGUAUAUCUUCCCGUGUCCCAAUCAUCCCCGUGCCGAUGAAUUUCUUUCGGAUGUUGAGGCUGAAGAUGAGUUAGGAGAAAAGAAAUGGAAACAAAUAGUGAUGGAGGAAUUAAUAAAAAAUGGAAUGGAACAGCUCGGACUCGAGGAAUUGAGAGUAUUUGCUCCUUGCUUAACAUUGAAAUCGACAUAUAAUGUAUCGCUACUAUCAGUUGGAGAAAGUUAUUCGGAUGCAGAUAGGGACGGAAAGUCUUCCCGAUCACAAACAGAACGAACUGUAAAAGCCUACGAUUUCAUUUUCCAGCUAAUAUUGAAAAGCAUGGACGUGAGGUCGAUGUUGGUGAGAACACCAAGUCCAUGUUUAAAGAUCACUAUAAAAAGUGUCACCAAUUUUGUGGAUAUUAUCAAGGUCGCCAGAUCACCGCAUAUCAGUUUCCAGAAAAAAUGCAUAGAAGAAAGUGAAGUUAAUCCUAUCCCUUUAGAAAUUCAAGAUGAGUUGAAACUUGUAUCAAUUCCCUUCUUCCAAGUGAUCGGAAUGAAAAUUCGAUUUUAUAUUUUAAUCCAAAUCGAUGGCGAUUUGUAUGGAAUAUGGGAAUGGUCCUCCCAAGACUUACCGGAAAAGCUGAUGAUGUCGUUAAUGCACUGUUUUUAUGCAUGGUAUCAACCACCACCAACUCUGGUCCGAAAAUUGGUUAAUAUGGGAUUUCCAGAGCAGGGUGCGCAACGAGCAUUGAAAAGAACCAUAGGAAAAAUCGAAGAAGCGCUUGAAUUAUUAUCAGAGAAAAAAAAUGAAGAAUCAAACACUCAAAUGGACGCUGAAGAACAGUCAAAUACCGAAAAAAUAGAUUUUAAUAAGAAUAUGGAAAGAAGUAAGACUGAAGAGGAAUCAGUUAACGAAAUGGACGUCGAAGAGCAAUUAAAUACCGAAAAAUUAACUGAUGCCGAUGAUAAUGGAGGGAAAUCUAAUAAUAAUUCAAAAGAAGUCGAUGAGAAUGAAGGAGAGACUGAUAACUCAAAAGAAUUCGAGGAGAAUGAUGAGGAAACUGAUAAUUCAAAAGAAAUUUAUGCGAAUGAGGGAUCAAAGGAGCUUGAAGUUGUUUCAAUUCCUUAUCAGAAACAUCUGACAAAACCACACCAAUGGAUGUUGAUAAUCAGUCAUAAUAGCGUUAAAUUGGUCAAUGACGCGGCCAUCAAUAAUCGGACAAACAACAUUACAUGCAAAGAAUUUUUGAUUUACCAAGUAGUUUCUUUUAAUUCUUUGUUUUUUUUCUUACCUAUGACCUGA